AAUCAUUCCAUCAAACCAUCAAAAUUAGCAACCAAAAUAUUGGAUUCCAAGACAUACCCUUUUUUCCUCUCUCUUCCUAUAAAAAACUAAGACAUUGCAUUCAAAUCUUUCUACAUUUUUACAUUGAAAAAAGAUGGCUACUAAGCUGCAAAGAAGAACAGCAUCUCUUAGAAAGCUUCACCUUCUGCAAACUCUCAACAAACCCAAAUCUGUUAAAAGGAGUUGCAGUAUCAUAAAUGUUCUCCAUUUUUACAAGCUCAAAGUCAAGUUGGAAGAGAUACAAAGAGAAUACCAAAACCUAUUGAAGAACAUGCGAAUCCCACAGGAGGUGAAGGUGGAGAAGAUUAAUGGAGAACAAUUUGUGGUUAAAGUGGCUUGCAACAAAGGAGGGGACAAGUUGGUGUCAAUAUUAGAGGUAUUUGAUGAACUGGGUCUUAAUGUUGUUCAAGCUAGAGUGUCUUGCAGACAUUUCUUUUCCAUGGAAGCCAUUAUUGGUGUAGGUCAAGACCAGAAAACAAGUGAUAUGAAAGAUAUUACUGAUGCUGUUCUUAAGGCCAUUGAUGAAGAGCAAAGUGGGGAGCAGGAGAUGCUUGUAACAUAGGACUUAUUUGAUUAAUAUUCUAAUGUGUUAGAAAUGUUUUUUUUUUUUUAUUCUAUUGUAUCUAAUUAGCCUUUGCUAGUUUCACAAUAGUUUCAUUUUAAUGCUGUAAAAGGUUCUGAAUAUGAGAAGAUAUUUAAGAAA